AUGGUUUUCUGCCAUGCUGUCCGAUUUUGGCACGGCAUGAGACUGCCGCAUUUCUCCGCCAACGCUGGCAUUGGAGUGCUUUCAUUGGUCCUGCUGCGAUUUGCAGCCGGUGCAGAUUCAGCGUUGCAUGCGCUCUUGAAGCAUCGUGUGGCAGCCAAAGACAAUGUCAGCAUGCUCCUAGCACAGCCGGUGAUUUCAGCGAAGGAGUGCAAGAAGACAGCACAAAGAGACCUGAAGAAGCUCUUGAAGUCAGCGCCCAUCGAAUGCCAGGAACAUCUGAGACAGUUCUAUUGCCAGUUGAUCGAAGAUUCGCAAUCAUUCAAUACUUGCGCGAACCUGUCGGACGAGCAAGGCUUGCAGUACUUUGAGUGCAUUGCGCGACCCAUUCAAGGACAAAAGGCUGCACGGACAGCGUUUGCUUCUGAUUGCGGUGUGGACAGCGUCGCCUCUUCCAGAAAAGGUACGAAGGCUUCAAGGAAGAUUCCCUGGAGGCUAGACGUGCCUGGCAAGCUGCGCAUCGCCUUUCUCAUCGUCGCUCACCGGGCCGUGAAAAACGUGCAACGCUUGUUGCAUCGCAUUUAUGACUCGAGCCAUGUCUACUUGAUCCACAUUGACCGCAAAUCUCCGGCCAUCAAAACUGAACUGGACCGCUUCGUGGCAGGCUCUCGACUCGCAGAGAGCGUGCAUACUUUUUCAGAAGUUGACGUGACAAAGGGCAGCAGCGAUCUGCUCCGGAUCAGCAUUCUGGGCCUAAGGUGGCUCCUAAAGCUGCGACCCACCAAAGGUGAAGAGUUGCCCUGGGAUUACUUCGUAAAGUUAAGUGAGUUUGAUUAUCCUGUGGCCCCACGCCAUGCAUUGCAGCAUUAUCUAUGGUUGCACAAGGGCCUGAACUUUGUGGGCUUGGAUGCUUGCUCCUCAUCUACCUGCGCGCGGCAUCUGGGCACUGCAUGCGCCGGAGCUACAUAUAGUUUCGUCUCAACGCUCAGAAUGCACAAGCCUCUUUCUUUUGGUAUGCAUUUUGCCCGUGGGAGCGAGUGGGUGGCCCUGACCUUCGACUUUGCCAAGUAUCUGAUUCUCGAAAUAGACAGGCCGUUCUCUGCCAUGCACGAAAUUUGGAAGGAUUGCCUUCUCUUGUACCAGCCGGACGAAGCUUUCUUCCAGACGGCUAUUCUCAACUCUCGGUUCUGCCGGCAUCACGUGAGUAUGACACUACACCAUAUCCCUGCAGUGCUGCUGGAACGGCAAACCCAUGGCACGCACGAUGAAAUAGGCACUCGCAGUCCCAAUGUGUUUUCCCGCGAAGACUUGGCUAGUCUCGUGGAUGCUCUGCAGCCUAGGUUUUUUGCAAGGAAGUUUCUCGACGUAACAGUCGAGCCCACAUCUGAGCUAUGCCGCCGACUGGACGACUUCAAUCAAGAGAGGGAGCUAAACACAGGGAAGCCGACAUGGCAAGGCUUUCUGCAUUGGUUAGAGGAUAACUUCACGAUGUGGGCUCAGCUAGAAGGGCUAACACUUGGGCAGAACUGGACGUGUCCAGCCGGUGCGAUGGGCGAGUCAUGCGAUGAAGUGCGCAUCCACUUGCUGGGUCGGCUGGGGUCUGGCAAGUCAGCUAUGGCACCCGCUCGGGCCGGCAGGUGGUCGCCAGAGACCUGGCUGCUGCAAAUUCGUGGAUCUCGUGACUUGACAGUUCUGCUUUCAGAGAGGUUUGCAGUGCCGAUGCCAGCACUGCAAAGCCUCGUCGGCACCAGCACCCUGGGGGUGGCUCUUUUGGCCACUAGGGUCGGGACAGGUUGGAGAGGGGAGCGAGGCGAGUUUGAUGGCCACGUCAGCGUAAUUCCGGUCACCAGCCAUUCUGCACGAGACAUCCAUCUUGCUAUUUACUGGGGUCCAAUCGUGCCGAACGCAGACACCGAUAUUCAGGCAGCGGUGGACUGGAUGACACCUGAUGGUACAAAGUGUGGUCAGACGAAGGUGCAGCUGUCGAAAGAGUCUCACCUGUCCGGGUCCCCCCUUGGCGUGGUCAUGCCGCAUGCCUGCGCCCGCAUGGCGAGACCGGGGACAUGGGCAACCAGAACACGACUGCAGGGUGCAACCGGCAAGACAUCGAGCGCUGAGUUCGAAUUGCGUGAGUUUGCUGUGUACGCCAGCUUUGAGGACUUGACUGUUGUGCAGAUGCAACGCUUUUUCGGGCUACAGCUCCUUCACAAGCCCGAGGAUCCACAGCAUGAACUGGUCUGA